AAAUCUCUGGCAUCGCACGUGUAUGGUAGCUGACAGCUGAUAGCGGCACUUCGACCAACUUCGACAUCAGUCAACAAUCAAAACAAUGGCAGAGAUCGAGUGGCCCUGGCAAUACAGUUUCCCGCCGUUCUUUACGCUUCAACCUCACGCGGAUACCAGAGCUAAGCAGAUAGCGGCUUGGAAAAGCCUGGUGCUAGAGUAUUAUCGCAUCACGAAACAGGCGGUCGUAGAUGUACGCGAGGUGCACACGAAUCCUCUAUUUAAUAACACCAGCAUAAACAGAAAAUUACAGUCCGAAGCUGUGCUAGUAAUACUGGAAGAAUUAGUUAAAUCUGGAAAUGCGUCUCCACUAGAUAAGACAAAACAAAGAUGGUUAAUUUAUUGGCACACUUUAGAAGAAUGGGGUGAUAUAAUAUAUAACUGGGCACAGGAAAAUGGCUUCACUGGCUCUGUGUGCACUUUGUUUGAGCUGACACAAGGGGAGGACACAACUGAGCAAGAAUUCCAUGGUCUGGAUACAGAAGUAUUGAUCAGAUCACUGAGAACUCUGGAAGCUGCCAAAAAGGCUGAGCUCAUCUUUUUCGACGAUAAUCAAGGUGUUAAAUUUUUCUAACGUUCGGAAAGUAAUUAUCACUCGUCGAAAAUCUCACAAGUUAAAUAUGUAUGUAAAUUAUAUAUUACACAUUCAUAUGUUAUAAUUUAAUGUACCUAUGCAUUUAGUUAUAUGCUUUUGUAAAAUAAAUUUGAAGUUAGUGCUUUACAGCAACACGAAAAUAUAAGAAAUUAAUAUUAC